AUGGGUUGGAGGAGCCCAGCGGUCCAGCAGUCCUCGCCAGAUUUCUUCGCCCCGGUGUCCCUCCGCCCGCGCUCUCCCCUCCCUAAGGCCUCUCUUCCCUCGCUGCGAUCUCUCCCGCCCUCUCCUCCAACGCAACCUUCCCCUCCCGCAGCCCUCCCACACCUCCGCGAAACCCUUGAAUUCCGACCGCUUUCCAUAGACAUCUCGAAGCUUCCUCUGCAGACGUCUGAGGAAAUUCUACCGCCGGAGGGAGACGUCCUUCGCUCCUCGCUCCUCCCUACGCCUCCUAAUCCUCCCGCAGUUGACUUCCUUAGACAGAACCUCGAUCUCGGCGCCCCUCUUCUGCGGGAGACUCGGCAGGGUGCUUUCUCCUCCGAGGGAUCAGAAUCCGGUCUCCCUUUCAGCAUUUCCAAUUUGGAUGUCAGAGGGGGGUUCCAGCUCAGCCAGCCAGAGUUACAAGCUUUAGUCACCGCUCCGGAUAUAUCUCAACUUCCUUUACAAGGAUCCAAUGAAAAUCAGGGACUGGGUGGCAUCAGCUUCUUAAGUAGUCAUACGGGGCUGCAAGAAUCCUUGGUACAGACUUCAGGUUCGCGAGACAGCGUUCGGUUUCCGGAAAAGAUCGAAUCAUUUCAGGCCGAAAAUGGAAGAGACCGGCUGCUUCUUGCGACGGCCCCCAUUCCCAUCACGACUCCGAGGCCCGUCCGCGUGUUCCUUGAGGAUAUUCCCUCCCUAGACGACUCUCCGUUUCUCCCUCUCAAAAAAUCUUCUCAAGUCUCUAAGGAGACAAAUCCUAGAGACCCCAAGAGAAUAGUCGGCUUCGAAGACUUCAUCCGCAGUAAUCAGACGCCUCUGGAAGAAUCCGCCGUUUUUUCGAAAAAGGCAGAGAAAUUUAGCCACAGUGCAGAUGAAGGUGCCAUCAAGGUCGUGGAAGCUCCCAAGUUCUCCCGAUUUACGGACACCAUUGCUGACGGCACGAUCUCUGCCUCCAGCUAUGUGUUCCCUCCCCCAACAGCUCUGAGGGGAUCCUCCCUCGCUCUUCAGCAACCCAGUCUUCCGCCUCGACCCACCAGAUCCCCUCUUAGCACCAGCAAGCCGGAGCCAAGAGAAGAUAAGGGCAUGACCGUGUUGUUCAAGAAGCCUUCGGGUCUCAGGAAGGAGAGACGCAUCCCUCCAUACGUGUGGCUCUGGCCUGGGGAAACGCCGGAUUCGAGGGCCGCCAGGUUCUUCACACUACCCUCCUCACACGCCCUAUGAAACCUCCUUCUCUGUUGUUUACUUUUGUAUUCCAAUUUUCUGUUUACUCUUAUAAGUUUACUCUGUUGUUAGUAGCACAAUAAGCUGCUCCUUUUUUUCUUAUCGUCGUAAAUUAUUAUUAUUAUCAUUUUUUAUGAUAAUGAGCUCAAGAAAUUUCAUGCUUCUGAUGACAUAUUUACAGACUCUCUUUUCAAGAUACAUUAAAUCCCCCCCCCCCCAUAUUUCUUUUAUUUUUCACAUAUAUGAUUGUGUUCGAAAAAAAGACAGCAACGAUUUUUUGAACUCGUGUUUGCAAAUAAACACUAACUUAUUUAGUGUAUAAAUUAUUAUCUUUUAUUGUCCACUUUAAAAUAUGCAUUAAAUGGAUAAAUUUACGAUCUUUAACACUGAAACUCAGUAUGUGACUUACAAAUGCGACUUAUGAAUUGUAUAUUUAGAGUUUCCUUCAAAGUAAGGAAUUGCCUUUGAUACAAAAGGACAAUUUCUGCAGAACAGACACUUAUUUCAAGACGUAAUUAUACAUUUUUGUAUUUUUCUCUACCAAUAAUUCUACUAAAUACUGGAUCUGGAUGCAUCCUCUUAUGUUCUAUACGUGUACAAAACUACGUAGUUCUUUGCCAAAAUAUUUAUAAAAUAUAAUUUCUAUAAUGUGUACAUCAGAAACGAUUUAAGAAAACCCCGUAUAUGAAGGGAUGUUUUUCCAUUCUUCCUACUUUGCAGGUUAUACAGCGCUAUAAACAACAAAUGAAAUAAAUAUGUGGAAUUUCCA